GACAAGUUGCAAGAAUAAAAAGUGUGCAUGGUUCACUUAUACAGCUAAGGAGCUGGAUUGUGAGGCUUUUGUAAUCAGGACCAUGGGGCCAGAACAUGCAUGUGGUCGAACUUUUUAUCACAAGCAUGCCAACUCAGGAUUCUUAGCUAGAUAUUAUAUGGAGUUUUUGAGAUUGAAUAGAAAGGUUAUAUGGUCUGUAUUUAAGGAAAAGAUUCAUCAAGAGUUGAAUGUGCGUAUUACAAAGGAGUAAGCAUACAAGACAUUCAGGAAAGCCAAGAUUUUGAUUCAAGGCAACGACAAGCGGCAAUAUACAAGAUUGUAGGACUAUUGUGAUGAAUUAUUAGAUCAAAUCCAGAUUCUACAGUUUAUAUAGAGUUGUUGAGGUGGAGAACAAGAGCUCUUGGAAGUGGUUAUUAACUUUUUGAAAUACGAUCUUAGCAUCCAUGAACAAAAAACUAGACAUUUAUCAAUGACCAGUAAAAGUGACAGGGAUUGGGUUUAGCAAUCCAAGAAAUUCUGCCAGGUGAGGAGCACAAGCACUCUGUUAGGCACCUACACAAUAACUUCAAGAAUCUGCAUCCAGGUGAGACAUUAAAGGGCAUGUUUUGGGCUUGUGCCAGAUCUACAUCUAUGAAUAAAUUUGAGAGUGAAAUGGAUGCAUUGAGAAAGUAUGAUGAACAAGCUCACAAAUGAUUGCUUAACAAUACAACCUUACACCACUGGUCAAGAUCACAUUUUAGAUCCUCGUCGAAAUGUGACAUUCUCCUUAAUAACUUGUGUGAAAGUUUCAAUUCUAUCAUAUUGGAUGCUAGAGAAAAAUCCAUUAUUGGUAUGCUUGAGAACAUUAGGAUAUACCUUAUGGAAAGAUUAAGGACAAAGAGAAAAUGAAUGAGGAAAAGAAUGAUGAAAUCUAUCCAACAAUUGUAAAAAAACUUGAAAAAACAAAAGAUGAUGCAAGAGCAAAUAUUGCAAGAUGGUCUGAUGUUGAUAAAUUUGAGGUUAUACACAUGUAUAGAGGUACCUCUAUUGUAGAUUUAAAACGGCAGGCAUGCACUUGUAGGAGAUGGGAAGUUACUGGCAUACCAUGGUCACAUGCUUUAUGUUGCAUUCCUUUGACUAAAAAUGAGCCAGAAAAAUUUAUGCAUCCAUGUUACACAAGAGCUACAUAUCUGAUGGUUUAUGAGCCAACUAUUGGUCCAAUCAAUGGACCUAACAAUUGGAAGAAAUUUAACAAAACCCCCUUGAGUGCACCAAAGAAGGUCAAACUUCCUGGUAGGCUUAAGAAAACACGAAGGAGAGAGCCAGAUGAGCCAAGGAUUGAUUCAAAGGGAUGUAUAUGAUUGUUUAGGAAGGAAAUUAUGCAAAUGACUUGCACUAACUGCAAGCAAAAGAGACACACCAAGAGAAAAUGCCCUAAGAUCAUUGGAGUAGAAAAUGCAAAAUGCAAGGGAAGGGGACCAGCUUUCAACACCAAUAGGUGCAAAACAUGCAAGAUUCUUGAUCAUAAUGUCAGAACUUGUCCAUUAGCAGGCCAAAACGCUCAGGACAAUGCUAAUAAAGCUAUUGCUGAUAGUGAGUUUAGAGACACCAAUAGGCCCUUACAAAAUGAGACAAUGGAAGCUUCAAAUUCAUAUGUACAUGACCAUAUUACUGGAAUGGCUGAGGAAAUUGAAGUGCAAGCUACUGCUCCAAAAGCAAGCUCUCAGAAAGUGGGUAGGAUUGCUUGCUGUUGGUUUUGUCAUGUUCCAAGACACACCAAAAAAUCUUGCCCCUAUUGGAGAGCACAAGCUUGGAGAAAUAGGAUGGCUGGUGUGAAAAGAAGAAAACAAACAGCUCAUAGGCUUCUGGAUGAGCUAGAUGGUGCCGCUCAAGAUCCACUUGAAACCUAGAAGUAGAGCCUGUUGGGACACUAGCAAAGCAUAUGUGCAAGCCUGUUUUGUUGUGUUUUUGAGAAAUGCAGAUUAGCAUAUUUUUUGGUUGAAACAAUAGCAGUUCAAGCCUGUUUUUUCAGUAGCAGUAGCUUGUUCAAACUUGAAGUACUAGCAGCUUAUCUCUAUGUUCAAUAUUUUGGACGAAGCAGUUGCAGUUCAAGUCUAUUUUGUUGUGCUUUUGAAGAUUUUCAGAUCUGUAUAUUUUUUGGUUGAAACAAUUGCAAUGCAUCCCCUGUUUUGCCAUGUUUUUGAAGAAUUGUAGAUUCGCAUAUUUUUUGG